AUGCUCUUGACUCCACUCAGAUCCAUCCUGGGGACCAGUGCAGGAGCGGUCCUCGCAGCACCCAACCUCUGCCCCGGCUCCCGCUUCUUCUUUGCCACUGGGCCUAGGCCCAGGAGCCACUACGGGCGACACGGAGCCACCAGUGCUGGAGGGGGAGCCGUGGGCGCGGGGCAGCGUGGGGGCAGAGGCCCCAGGACGCCCGCCCGGCCCCAGGCCCCGCUCCGCCCGGGCGCCCCCACGGGUGCCCCCCCCUUCCUGGUCUGA